UUGGGGUUGGUAAUUUAUUAUUAAAUAUGAAGGCUAUAUCUAUCAUACUUUUGGGCAUUAUCGCCAUUUCUAUGUGUAUUCCCACUCAAAGAAGGACUUCUUUGAUUCCAUACUCCUUCACUGAAGGUCUUGCUUCAAAGGAGAUGCAUUAUUCUUUUUAUUACAAACAAGAUACGAAAUAACCUGUUCGGCAUGCUUGAAGAUGCUUACUUCGAUAUCAGGCAAGAUGAAAUAUUUUAUCUUGUAAGAAGAAGCAAACUGGAUUAUAGCAGAUAUAAGCUUGUGAGGUACGAUAUGCUCACGAAUACUCAAGAGACUCAUCCUACAGGAGAUGACUUCUUAUCAUUCCCAGGCUACCAGGUGUACGGAUUCACAAUGAAUGCUUUCCCAAAGAUCGAUGGUAUAAUAGCUUCCAAUACUUUAAAAUCCGAGUUCUCGCUCUACUACCUCGAGCUCGACCAAACAACUGGAGAAAUCAAGACUGUCAAAAAUAUGUGGAAAGACAAUACCCAAACUAGAAGAUUUGGCAUAAGUAACGAUAAUAACUACGUCAGGGUGGUGGUCCAUCCCAUCGAUCCAAGCCAAGGGCAUUAUGAGAUAAGCUCCCUAAUAUUUAUGGACAAGAUCAGAACCAGUUUGAUUCAUACAACAACAGUAUUUAUUGUAAAGUACAGCACAUACCAAAACUUAAUACAAGUCAGGAAAGAAGAGAUGGUUCGUUUUCCUUCUAAAUGAGAGUUCAAGCUGUAUCCAUCUCUUGCUCAAUAUGAUAAGACUUCACUCCAGAGUUCUCCAAAGGUUUUAAAUAAUGGGAAUAGUUUUGAGUUGAGAGACAUUCAAAAUUCAGACUUUGAUGCAAGAAAUUAUAGACAUGAUAACCAAAUGGUCUGAGUCUAUGUUUAUGAUGCUAUUCAAUUGCUUAGUGAUUGGAGAACUUGAUAUGGCACAGAUCAGAAUAAUACUCUUGCCUCUACUGAUGUAUAUCAGAAUACUCUUUUCAUUCUUUAUCAAGAAACUGGCGGAAUUUUGGGAGGGAAUCAAAACAUUGUUAUUCAAAUGGUUGAUUUUAGAACAGGACUUGAGUUGAGCAAAAAGAGAUAUCAUGGCUCAGACCAAUCUCGACCAAUUUUUAUGACAGCAAAUCACCUUGGAGUAUUCAUACUUGCCAAUAUUGAGAAUGGAUUCAAAGACUUGAGCUCAUCAAAUUCGUUCACUACACAGAACUCUGUUACUAACUUUGGGAUAAUUUAUGCAGACCACGAUGGAAACAUCCUCGAGAUUGAGAGUUAUGAUGCAUCUGAUCCAGUCAAUGACUUGGGUGAAAACUAUCCGAAAAGAUUAGUUAUUGGAAUUCAGAACAAACACCAACCCAUAUUUACUUUUAUGAGUUCACGAGAUGAGCAAAAUGACUAUCAGGGAGGAGGAGUCUUCAUCACCCAGCCGGUAAACAAUUCUGCCUUGUUCACUAUUGGUGAUUCUGUUGCUUCUUGCAGUGGUGUGAAACUAAAUUGUGAGCUGUGAAGCUCUAAUAGUUGAUUCAAGUGCUCACCAGGAUACAAAAUUCAGAAUGGGGAGUGCAAGCUAACCUGAGAUAAUAACUUCUUCCAGGUAAAAGAUGAUAUCAAUGAUGAAUUAGAUAUUGACAUAUGUCUUCCUUGUCACAAGUCAUGCCUUACUUGCUUUGAUCAGACAGAAACUGGGUGCCUAAGUUGAGAUGCUGACAAAGUAAUUGAUGUGACUAAGAAUACUUGACAAUGAAGCCAAUCAUCUGGUCCAAAAUUCUUAGGAGCAGAUGGAACAUGAGCAUCUGUAUGUGGAGAAUUACUGACUGCCAGGUAUGACAAGAAAUGUGUCAAAACAUGUCCUGAAAACUCUGAUGACUACUUGCAGAAAGUUGAUACUGUGAAUGCUCGCACAAAGUCAAGUCAAAUAAACUGACAAUCUUUGACAAAGCAUUUUAAAGUUCAAGAAGGAGUUACAGAUAUUCCAUAUUUCGGAGAGAAUCUUUGGCAAAAAAAAGAUUUCACGAUGACAUUAUGGGUAAAAGUGAGUUCAACAACAAACAAUGAGUUCACCAUAGCUUCUUCGGGGACAAUGCUGAUAACUGGCAUAUUGAAUAGCUCUACUUCUACCAUAAGAGUAAAAAUACAAUUUUGGGAUCCACAAUCCAGCACUUUCUCUCAAAAUUAUACCCUUGGCUCGACAUUUGGAAUCAAUGAAUGGGUGUACCUUGGAGUGUCACUUUUCAAAACCAAUAGGAUUGAAGAAUUAUUGGAUUUGCAUUUUGUAACAAGGACAUUAGCUGGAAUUGAAGAUCAAAUUUCUUUGUCAGCACUAAAUCUGUAUCUUAAUUGCUUUGAUACUGAGCAAGCUUUUAAAAAUGUAUCAACUUUUCCUUUGAUAAGCCCAGUUUCAUAUUACCUUGGUUCUCUCUUAACUUCAGAGAAGAUGAUGUUUACAGGUUUAUACAAUAAUAUCUUGGUAUAUCAAGGUCCAAUUACAGCAGUAGAAAUGUUAGAUAAUGCCUUAAGAUUGCCUGUCAGAGUAGCUUCAACAUAUGAGCAAGAAUUAUCUUACGCUUUUGUUAUUUACAAUGAUCUCACCCCAAAAGGUCUGGCGGAUACUGAACAAACUAUUUAUGAUCUGAAUCUCAAAAAGGGAACUAAAGUCACUGCUGAUACCAAUCGAGUCAUUGCAGAAAAGUCUAUUUUAGAUCCACUAAAUUUUUGUCAGUUCCAUAUAAUUGAAAAGGAAUGCAACUUCGUCGAUCUCUCAGAAAUGGGGAAGGUAUACCACUCAAAGUCUAUGUUUGAGAGCAACCACAAUAUGCUUUACAAUGGAAUUACUCCAAUAACCGCGGGUCAAGGGAUCUUUAAUAUUUAUGAUUACAAAAUGCUAUAUUUCUGAAAGUACGAGAAUGUACUUGCAUUCCCUCACUCGUGGAAAUCAUCUUCAAGAAUACUAGAAAAACAUGAAGACAUAUUUUACUUCCAUAACUCCACAAAGGAAGCAUUCUCUUUAGGCCCAAAUAGGAUUGAUGUUUAUAUUCCAACUGUAUUUCCUGAUCAUGGGGACUCAAUACUUGGAGUUAGUGAAACUUAUUCUUUUGAGGUAAAUGCAAGGAAAUAUCAUACAGACAAGAUAGGAGACCAAAUUGAAAAAUCAUUAUACUCUGAAAUAAUUGCAUUCUCAAAGGACUGUGGCAAUGUGCUACCAGGAGAUGUUAAGAUCCAAAGACAGUCUGAUGGAACUUUUGAGCAACUAGAUGCCAGUCUGUUCAAUCAAAUAGGAGAUUAUUCAAUAUGUUGGAAAUCCCCUUUGCUUAAUUAUGAAGCCUACAUAAAAGCUAGUGAUUCGUACUGGGUUGUAAGAGAGACUCCAAGAAUUUUUAAUAACAAAGCUAAUUUUAAGCUCAAUCAGAAUAUUGAGGAGUUUUCAUUAUGGGAAAACUCCCAAAUUAAUGAUGAAUUUAUGCUUGUUGAGGGACCUACUGAUUGUGAUAUUAUGAAUAAAGUUGGCCAAAUAUUUCCAAGUAAUAGUCCAGAUUCUUUAUAUAUUUGGCUUCCAGAUACUCCAUUUUCCAUUCAUAUUUGCUGGAGAAGAGACACCCCUAGUGGAUAUUCACCUUGGACUAGAAUUCAAAAUAUGAAUGGAACUUAUUCAAUCACUGUUACUGAUAGAACUGCAGCUAGACAAAGCAGUGCAAAAAUUAGUGAAUUCAGCCACCCUAUCCAUGCAAAUAUACUUCCAGGAGAACAGUUUUGGUUCAAGCUGGAAACAGAUGGAAGAGCUAUAGACUCUAUUAAAAUAAUUUCAAACUUGUCUCUUAUUACAUUCUCUGAAUCUAUACAAAUAAACAUUUCAUGAGUUCCUAGUUCAUCAACAGCCAUCUGCUCAGUCAGCAACUUUAGCUCAAUCCAUCAAGCCUAUACUGGAAGCGCAUUCUCUAUCCUAUUCGAACCAAAUAAGUUGACUUAUACAAGUGGAGGGUCGACUUAUAACUUCUUGGUUAACGAGACAGCAAGAUUUGAUGGAUACUUUUCAGAGCAAAGAAUUGAUCCCGCCCCUGAAGGGAAAAUUAAGGGAAAGAAAAUUAGAAUGACUGGCAUUAGCUCCAGAUUAGAGCUUCAUAACAUAACACAAAUUACCUCAACAAAAGAUAAUGCCGGAAUCAAUUCAAUUUGGGUUGAGUUCAAGACGACAGGAUGCCAAAAUCCGACUGGAACAAUUAGAAUAGCUAACAAGAUCUCUAAAUAUUUGUACCUCACUAAUUUCAAUAGCAAGGAUUGCCAAACUGGAACACAAAUAUACGCUGACUUCAUUUUUAAAGCAUCAAAGUUUAUUAUAACUGGAAAUUCUCCAUGAGCUGAUACAGCCGAGGCAUUUUGAAGUAGAGUUAAAAGUACUUUCUUUGAGCAUCUGGAUAACGUUAUAAUUGGCACCAUUGGAUGAGAUACAGGCUGAAAAAUAUGUGCAGAAGAUGACCCUUACAAAUGAAUUGUCUGCAGCGAUAACCAACCUUUUUAUGACCCAAUAAAAGAAAAGUGUUAUAGUUUAGGACUUCCUGGAAUGCUGAAAUACAAUAAUAUCAUCGAAGCUAAAGAGACUUCAUCUGCUCCUUUGGCAAACUACACACGAGUGAAUUUAGUGAGAGAAUGACCAAUAGGAUAUUACCAAAGCUUAAAACAAUGUUUUAAAUGUCACCAAGGAUGCAUAGAAUGUAUUGGCCCCUCUUUGACUCAAUGAACUGCGUGUGAAUUCCCUAAUCCAUUCCUCUUAGACAAUGCCUGAGUAGACCAAUGAGAUCAACAACUCUUUAAAAUAGAUUAUCAGCAUUAUAAGUGUGUUCAGAACGAGUAUUAUGAUGUAGCGACUAUAACAUCGAAACCAGAGUGUCAGACAAGUUCUUUUUAUUCAAAGGAUAAUCUGAUGGUGAGCAUCCAAACAUCAAAGACACUUAAAGGUUACAGUUGGCUGAGACUAGACAUUGUCAACAAGAGAGGCAAUAUAACUUUGACAAAAUUCACCCAAGAGUUUCCAGUUGCAGAUCCUAAUGAUCCUUUGACCAAUGUAUUCCCUCUGAUUGAUGGGCAGACAAAUCAGUAUGUCAAUGAGACCACAGAGGUAUCACUGAAUCAGAACACACUAGCAAACUAUCCUUCUGGAACGAUAUUUAAGAUUAAAGCAGAAGUUACUAAUGACUGUGGAGAUCGAGCCAUUUCCAAGAUCAAUCUGAUGAGAGAUUUUCCUCCAACUGUUGGUGGAGUAACUAUUACUUGCCCAUCAACUCCUUGACAAAUUCUAGAAGACUUCAAAGUGGAUCUGACUGGUAACUGGUAUGAUACCUAUAUUGAGUCAAUGGAACUUUACAUUGCUAUAUUCUUUGAACUAUCUGAUGGUAGGAGGAUACCUAUUCACUCAAGUUCUUGGGAGAAGAAGUCUUUCAGCUCAAUGCUCCCAAUACUUUCAUCUUCGUCAGUGCCUUUAUUGGAUGUGAAUGUUCUGAUUAUUGCUACUGAUCAAGAAGAUUAUUCAACAACUCUGAAUCAAACUAUGGUGAUCAAUAAUACACUAGGAGAUAUUGGAAAGAGAAGAAUUUAUGAAGAUUUAGGGGCUGAGAACACACUCUUGAGUCCUUUGCUUAGUUUCUACAACUUCUAUCCUUCUUGUGUUUAUAACUCUGAUUGUAAAAAUGAAGGAAUAUGCACUCAAACAAGAACAGGUUCAUAUUGUAAGUGACAAUAUGGAUACUCCUCAAUUGACUGUUCAACAACGAGCAAUGAGUUUAUUAUUCUCCAAGAUAAAAUACCAGAAACUUUGAAACAAAUCUACUCAAAUUUAAUGAAAAAUGUUUUAGAUUCUAGAAUCAAUAUCGAAGAUGACUUCUUCCAGUUCUGAAAUGUACUUUCAUCAAUUGAAUCAGUUCGGUUCACAGAACUUAAUCUUUUAUUCCAAGUAUUCCAAGCUGUUAUUGAAAUGCCAGCUUCAGUACAUUCAACUGUAAGCGAUUAUUUCUCUAUUGUUUUCUUUGAACAUCUCAGUAAGUUUCAGACCAGGAUUAGCCUUGAAUACAGAGGAUAUAAUAUAAGUAUCUUAAAUCAGAAUGAUCAAAUCGAGGCUUUAGACAAGUAUUCAGACAUUUUCUUGCUUUCUCAAGAAUACCUAGUAAAGCUUAGCAGUAGAGUUUUUCAAUCUGAACCAAUGCUUGAGUUUGACACUCAAUCUGCAGUAUUCAAAAUAGAAAGAGUGAUAGCGAGUGCUUUAAAUGGAGCUAUUUACACUAUAAACGCUAAUCAAAAUAUCACCCUUGAGUUUUCUAAUGACUUCUUUGUUGGUUCAGAAGUUACUGAUCCGAAUGCAGUGAUCAAAGUGAUUUCAAUCGUGUGGAAGAUUCCUCCUAAGACCCCAUAUAUCUCUAGUAACUAUUCAAUAGAAUCAGAUAUGGUGUCCGUACUUCUUGUUGAUGAUUAUCAGAAUGUGAUUAACUCAAUCACCAAACCUUUUACUAUAAGGAUGCCAAUAAUUUCAUAUAACAGCCAAAAUUAUCUUCAAGAUGAUUGUGGCUCAAUGACAACUUCUGGGAGUGAUGGUCCAAUAUGAACAAUUAAGAGAUCGAACUUGUUAAGCCCAAUAUUUGAAGACUGCUCUAGUUGAGAGCCAGUUGAACUUCUUGAAAUAAAUGCUGUGGGAGGUGGCUCGUUCUAUUUAAAGUACAACCUCAAAAAUCCAAGUGAUAAUAAAGGAGGAGCUUCAGUUAUUCAUGGAGUGGGAAAGAAGAACUAUUUCUCAAGAGGGAUCAACAAGAUCAGCUUAAUGGCAGUUGUUCUUUAUUCGUUGAUUGUCAUACAAGGCAUGGGAUACUUUCUGAUAUACAAGGCAGAAAAGGUGAACAAGUAGAUCUAAAGUUGGAUUUCUCAUACAAAUUU